CAGAGAAGAGCAACAAGAACAAUGAAUGCUUCUGUAGUAAAUGCUCCCCAGGGUGUGUUGUCACUCAGGGAUGUGGUUGUGGACCUCUCACAAGAAGAAUGGGAAUGUCUAGACUAUACUCAGAGAGCUUUGUACAUGGAUGUGAUGUUGGAGAAUUACAACAAUCUACUUUUUGUGGAGAACCAUCACAUAUGUCUUAAGGGUGAGAAGGUCUUGCAUGAGGAGACAGAGCAUUUUAUCCAUGAUCAUGCAAGUAUCCAAGAGGAAACUUACAAAUGUAGUGAGCUUGUCAAAGUGGUUCUUGAAUCCUGCCUUCAUACACCUGAUGACACAAGUGAUCCUGUAGAAAAUUACAGUAAGUACAGAUUUGGAAAACACAGAGAUGCUUCUGUCGUAACCUUAAAUCUCAACAGACACAAAAAUGGGAAUGCUGGAGAAGAACCUCGCAAAUGUGAAGACUAUGUGACCUGUUUAAAUUUGUUUUCUGUCAUUAGCCAAAAUGAACGAUAUCACACAGGCGUGGAAGAACACAAAAAUGAUCACACAGGCGUGGAAGAACACAAAAAUGCAGAGUCUGAUAAAUCUUUUGUCUGUGAAAGAGAAAUGACACUGAAAGAAACUUAUAGUUUUCACCCCCAGAUCUAA